AUGGAGAGAAAGGCAGUGAGAAGCGAAGCGAUGGAGAGCAUAUCGGAGAGGCUAUCGUCAAUGGAGGGCCUCUACUUCCCUCGUGCCUUACACUCCAACACCGUCAAUCCCUCCCAGCGCAAGGCCAUACUCCUUGACCUCCUCUCUCGCGACGUCGCUGUUUUCCUAGAACGCUAUGGAUCGAAAUUGACUUUUGAUGAGCUCCAGGAGUUUGACGUGCUUAAAGAUGAUUAUGAAAUCAAUUGGCAUGUGAAUCAUCUUAGAAGUUUAAUGAGCCCAACGUCAGAUGAAUUGAAGUCGAGGUCAGUUACAGUCAAGAACCGGAGGCGAGCGUAUCUGAAUAAACUGAUAUUUGAUGGGCAUUAUUUCUCAGAAGAUGCCAUGAGGGAGAGGGAGCCAUACUUGCAUCACGAGUAUGUAGGGAAGUUUCAGGAUCCGAUUGGAAGGAGCAUGGCCAGACCUGGGGAGAGGUGGUCAGACACGUUGUUGAGGAGGGCAGAGGAAGCAAUUUUGGUUGCAAAGAUUAGAAGGGAGCAGCAAAGGUUGGGUGUUUCUGAGAGUGAUUGGGUUGGUGGUGAGAGAAACCAGCAAGAAGAGCAAGAAGAGGAGGAGGAGGAAGAAGAAGAAGAAGAGGAAGAGGAGGAGGAAGAGGAAGAGGAAGAAGAAGUUAAGAAGGCUAACAGGGGCGCACAAUCUGCAGAGAUGCUUAUGGAUCAUCCAGAUGCACCCAAUGGUGCUCAAACUGGGGAUCGUCUGGAUGCGCCCAAUGGUGCUCAAACCGUCACAGAAGAGCGCAGUGAGCAAGCAACUGUAUCUGCAGCAGAGUUGCAAGAUCAGAUGGAUCAGUUCACCCACAUAAUGCAGCAGAAGUUUUUGUUGGGAGAAGAUAAUGAGUAUCUAGAUUACUCAAAAAUCGACAACGACGAGACCUUGGAUGAUCACUGGCAGAGGGAAGCCAACCAUGACGCUGAGGAGAAGUACUUUGCUGAGGAUUAA